AUUAUCCCCUCCACUUCUUCCUGUACUUCAUUUUUUUUCCUUGAAACAUUUUAAAGGUUGUGUCUGAAAUUGAAUUCAUGAUGGCUAUCAAUAUUGAUUGGAUUCCGACAGGCAGGCGGUUUAUUUUCUUUUUCUUAUUAUCUCAAAGUUUCAGGUAGUAAUUCAAUUUUCUGCUUCAUGGUGCAUACUUUCUCAUACCUCAUUAAGUUUCAUGAAAUCAAAUAUCCAUUUAUGCACAGUAAAGUUGAGAGAAAAUUGAAAAUGUUACCUUGAUAAUGGCAGUCCCUUGGUUUGAAAUUACAGGCCAUUAGAAAAAUAAUUGAAGUGUAUCUUAAGUUACUGCUGAACACUUCAUAUGUUUUGUUUUACUAAUGGCCUUUUGGAAGCAUUCAUUUGCUAAUUGUAUAAAUAUCUUAUAGCUGUACAUUGUUUCUUUGAGGAUGGAAUAAUGUGGGAGAAGUAUGUAUUUUACGGAUUAAGCAUUCAGUGCUCUUCGUGGCAGAGUUUUUGACCAGUACUGAAGACUUUCUGCUUUUAGUCAACAACGCAUUCUAUUAGCAGGCAAAUGAGUUGCAUUUUCUGAAUUCUUGUCAACAAAAUUUUCUGUCAUUGGGAUGUCACUCACUGGAUAUGUACAGUGUCACAAAUAAGAAUUUUGGCUGGAAAAGCUUUAAUAGUGAGAAGAUACUUUUAAGGAAGGAAGACGUCAUUGAUAGGAGAGUGUGAAGGUUACCAUGGAUGGGAUAGCCAGGAAUUCUCGGAGGCACUCUCUUGCAGUCAAUCUUCUACCUAAGAUGAGGUUGUUUGGGAGUCAUAGUGGGAGAAGGAAGACUCUUUUCACAGGAGUAAUGGCCCAAGAUCAGGAAAAUAUAUUGAAUAAGCUGAGGAAGAAUCGGCGUGAGGGUACACCAGAGAAAGCAAUUAGUCCAAACAACUCUCAGAGUUUAAUAGAAGAAGAGGUGAUACCACCUAGCAAACAAGUUAUCAAUGGAGAGGACAUUCAAGCACUCGCCAUCGACCCCCAGGAGAUGGCUAAGUUGCGAGCACCAAAGCCUCCUCAAUCACCCAAGGUUCGUCCAUCCUCUAAGAAGGUGACAGUUCGCAAGAUGAAACCACAAUCUGAACUCGAUAAACCAAAGACCAAACCAAUUCUCAUUGCUAAGCCAGCACCACCUAAUGUUCCACUUAUGAAGGAGGACUAUAUUGGUGCUGGAGGACCUCGUUUUGAUUCUACUGGAAACAUCUUACCUCAUAGCAUCCUAGGGUCUGUAGAAGCUUUCAAGAUGGAAGCUGUACAAAAUGGACAUAUGGAGAUGGCUGAGGAUCAUCCUAUUGAACCUCGUCCCAAGACACCAGCAAUCAAACCAGAGUAUGGUAUGAAAGUUGAACCAAAACCUAGAGAUCCAUUCAUGGAUGAAAACCAAGCACUUAUUAACUGGCAGAAGAAGAUGAUUGAAAGAAAGAAAACUCAAGGAUAUAUCUCCAAGCUUUUGCAGAAGCCACCUGAGACACUGGUAAUGAAUCAAGCUGAGGAAUAUCGUCAAACUCAGGAGGAAAGAUAUAUCAUUGACAGAGCUAUACCUGCUAUGGAUUAUGGCAAAGGAUAUCGUGUUGGAAGUGAAUUCUGGAAACAGCAGGAAAGAUUUGGUGAUGACUUGUCUGGCAUACAUAUGACGUUGAGUCAGACAGAGAGAGGUUACCCACCACCUGUAGAGCAUAUUGGAUACUCAAAGCUUGCCAAAAGUGAAAUGGGUGUUGCCUGGAGUGAAGGUAGAGCCUCUCCUGUUCACUAUCCUUGGAAACGUUCCCAGUAUCUUAAAGAUAGGAAGAGACAGCUUCAGCAUGUCAUUGAUGAAUUGGAUCCAUUCAAACCGGAUCUGGAAGGUCUUGAAGUGAUUGGAACCAACAAGCCUAAGGAGAAGAAAUUAGAUGUCUGGACUGCAUCAGAUGAUGUAGGGACCUUCAAGAUUGGAAAGGGAGGAGACCAUAAUGUGAUUCCUAAUGAGAGUGAAAUGCCUGAGGAAGCCAUACCAGAGCCCAUCAUUGGUCCUGCUCUCAAGUUUAAUGGUUAUCCUGCCCGCUGGACUGGGGAUAGUAACAGUCAUAAAGGCCAGAUUGCAUGUAGCUCAAGAGUAACCUUUGAAGCAUUUGCUGGAGUUAGGACCACAUCUCACUUGGAACUUGUUAAUGAUGGAACUACAACCAUUUAUUAUGAUUGGAAGAAAAUCCCCAAGCAGAACCCAUUUGAAGGAUGUUCCACACCUCGCAUCCAACGCUUCUAUUUCAACACCAGCAGUGGUGUGCUUCUCCCUGGAGAGAGCCUUCGCUUUCCCUUCGUGUUCAAGUCCCCUAAUGCUGGGAUCUUCUCUGAGACUUGGCAGUUAGAUACUCGCCCAGUGGUAUGUGGGGGUGGGGCACUACAGGUUACCCUGAGGGGUGUUGCCCUGCAGGAAGAUAAGAACUUGAAGCAGAGGAAGGAGAUUGAGGAGGAGCUGUUUGCCAAGCAGGCUCAGGUAGCUGUUCGUCGUAUCUUAGAUGAGUUAGUAGAUGGUAUCCGUACUCCUGAAAGAGCUCAGUCACCUAUUGAUGCCUACAUCACAGAUGAGGAGACUUUUGAAAGGCUUAAUCCUGGGAUGCACUAUGCCAAUGAGGUUGUGAGUCAGCUGAAACAUCUUUAUGUAGAGCAGUUCAGUGAGGAUGAGAAAGAGGAUAGGGAAUGGGAUCUUGAUGUCACUAAGAUGAAACGGGAGUUCUUGGGCAUAGAGGAUGAAGAGAAGAGAGAAGAUCUCUUGAAUAGAAUGAACCAAGCUGUUACUUCUCUUUACUUCCCUCCCUUUACACCCAUACAACAUGAGAUGUACAGAGUAGCUUACAACCUCAUGAUGGAGAAUAUUGAUAACAUAGUAACCCAAGCAAACACUAUCAGAGUUAAUAUGGGUAUACCAGAGAAGGUUGAAGAACUACCAGAUACUGCAGAAAUUCUUGCAGCAAAUGAUACUCUGAGAGGAGGUGAACUCAAGAAGAGAAAGAAAGAACCGAAAGAAGAAGAACCUACAGGAGGGAAGAAGGAUAAAAAAGAUGGCAAAAAAGGCAAGAAAGAUGACAAGGAUAAAGACAGACCAAAGAGUAAAGGAGGAGAGAAGACCCCAGGUAAAGGCAAGAAAGCUGCUCCAAGUCCUACUCCUACAAAAGAAAGAGAGAAGAAAACUCCAUCAGGAGGAGAGAGAAGGGGGCGUAUCCGUACCCCUAGUAGUGGUUCAAUAGAGAAAGUACAUAUCUCUGUGACUGGUGAUCCUAUCAUGGAUGCUAAAUACAGGAAUAAACUCUACAUACAGGUAUAUGCUCUACUAUCUGAGACCGUUGAUAAGAUGACUGCAUUGUUUGAAGACAUCAAAGAAAAACAAGAUAAUGCUCUCAUGCAGCAACUUAUGCAGAAAAUGUGAUUCAACUAAAGAUAUUUUUACUAAUAUUUCAUAUUUCUUUGUUAUUCUGUGGUGGAUCUUACUUACAUUGAUGUUAAAAUGUUAUAUGCACUGUAUAAACUGUGAGAUUAAUAUUCAUGUGUAUUAUUUAUUUAACACAACAAAAUAAUAUGAGAUUUAUGAAACCUUGAUCUGAUAUCAAAAUAUCUUGCAUUGAGUGUAAAUUGAGUGUAAAUUUAAAGUACUAUUUCUCAUACAUUUAGCUUAACAAUUUCACAAUUUAAGCAAAGCUUGAAUUUAUUACUUCCUUCAUAGAAGUCCAGUGAAAUGCUUUAUAGAGCAUCAAUAUUUCAAACGAUUCCAGAGACUAGGACAUAUAUACAAAGUUAAAACUAGUGAUGUCAGUCCAUCAUCUUGUUCAUCCCAUUUCACGUAAUUGUUACAAUUGUCUUCAAAUAUUGAAAAAAGCCAGUUGAUGCAGUUCUUAAAAUUGCCAUCUGUGCACAAAGAAAAUUGAGUUAAGCUACAUUUGCUUUUCAAUAAUUAAAGUUAAGUUUG